UUUCUUCAGUCCUACACUACACAAAAAUACAGAAACUCGUUGAAAGAGAUGUCUGUUGGAAGAAACAAGUUUAUAGUUGCAGGGCUGUGCAUUUUGAUUUGCAAUUCCUGUGAUUUGCAGCUUAAAAAAGAAGAGAUCACAUCUAUAUGCCACCUGCUUUUGUUACCUCAAAAUAUUGUGGAUGAUGUCAGACAAGAGAUCAAAGAAAUGGUUGCCUGCCUCCCUCAUGUUACCAAUACUGUAAUUAGCCUAGUGAAUCGCUGCAUUGCUGAAGGAGUUGCAGAGACAAUGUUGCUGAUACCAUUUUUACAUCAACUUCACAAGUUAACUCAUCAAGAAGCAUACUGUCCGGCACCCAUAGAAGCCAGCUGGGCUAACCUCAAAGGAAUUAAUUUUUCAAAUUUCCGCCAACAAAUUGGAGGCAAUGAUAACAAAAGGAGAAGCCUGCUUGCACUGAUAAAACAGUUCAGGUAUUUAAGUGAUGGAGAUGUCAAAGUAAAGUUAAGCUGGUUAACGAUGGUUCCCACAAUUGACAUUCCUGAAUCUUCCAAGAUAAUGGGAUUUUCUGUGGAAUAUGUUGUGGAAAGUUUACUCUACAGACUGAAGGAACAGGGAGAAAAAGCCUCCAGCAAUGAUCAAAGAGCCGUGGAUGGAAACAUGAAGGCUUUGGAACAGUGUCUGGAAUACCUUUUGGAAACAGUGACUACUGACUGUGACAGGUUGAUUGCUUCUGAUCUGCUUCAACUCUUCUUGAAACAGAGUCAUAAAAUCCUAUCAUUUGUCUGUGGUAUGGUGAGAUCUGCUGAACUCUAUAGAAUUCCUGUGAAGUCAUUCCAGCUUGUAGUAAACACUGCUAUGCUACUGAAGAACUCUGUUGAGAAGAAGUCUUCGGAAGCGCAGGUGUCGAUGAACCAGCAACAGCAACAGCAGCAUCAGUAUCAUAACAUCUCUGCAGCUGUAGAAGGAGCCCAGGACUGCCUACGGAACUGGAGGGCCAACAUUUUGCAAAAACCUCUGCUUUCACAACCGCACAAGAACAUAUGCUUCACUUUCCCAGUAGAACUGCAGAUCUGGAAUUGCCUGCUUGGAAUUGACUGCAGGAUGAGUAAUUGGACCAGUCCAUGGAAGUCAUUCAUAGAAAAUGAUCUUAUAAAAAGAAUCAAAGCGGAGCGUCCUGACAAACAAAUCCUAAUCUACUGGACUGAGAAGUUGAAGAUAAAUAAUGUUUCUCCAGCUCUUCAUGAUCUCUUCCAUACCUGUGCUCUGGAUGCUGUGAAGGAAGUGUGCCAGGAGCAGAAAGAAGUAACCUUGCUUACUGAAUUGCUUCCUCAUGAAGAAGUACCUUCAGAAUUGAUUUUGUCCAGAAUCAUUGAGGAAUCAAUGGAAAUGCUGCAGAAACAGGGCUGUAGCCUACUGCAUUGUGUUUUGAGUCCUUCUACAGCACUGAAUUACUUUCUACAACAGGGAUUCGAUAACAUCAAAGUAUCAGAAGAAGCACUAGGCAUCUUAAAGAAUGGAGAGGCCACAUUUUGUAGACUGGUACAGUGUUUGUACACUGGAGAGGUACAGGUCUUUAAUUUGGAUGUGACCUUAGAGCAUGAAAAGGAAUUUGUUUCCUUGUAUCAGAAACAACAACAACGUCAAGAAGAAAGUGUACCUAAAGUGGAUAUCAAGGAGUUAGUUUCAAGGAGGAGAACUGAAGUGAAGGCCCUAUAUCAGGAAAAAUGUCACGUAUCUGCUCUCGUAAAAAUGAUUGCUAAAGCUGGUGAUGCCAUUGCAGUGGCUGAAAUUUCUUCUCUGGAAGACAAGGAGAAAGUUGACAUAAGAACAAAAAAUCUCAAUGAACUGGUCAGUAUACAGCCCUUUAGCAUCAAAAACACCCAGUGCGAAGUCACUGUAACAUAUUUUGCCCUAAGUGAGGGGGUUAGUUGUAUGGCAGCCAUGAUGGAUUGUCUCAAGGAAAGUGCGAUCUUCCUUCGUCUUUGGCAGGAAGAGAUACAGCAAUAUGUGGGCAUGGCUACAGCAGUGCAAAUGCAUUUAAAUAGUUUGUGCACUGACCUUUGGCAACCAUGCUACAGUAAUUAUAAUGAUAUUUGUUUUAAGAUCAUGAAAGGCACCAUCACAUUCAGAGAGCUGGAUAAAGCCCUGAAGGGCUUCAGAGGCAAGAAUGAUUUCAUAAAGAGAGAGAUGGACAUAAUGUCUAAAAUCCUUUCUGCACCCAGCACCAAAUGGCAACAAGAGAGGCUUCAGCAGAUACAAGAAUACCAUGAGCUUCAUUUAGCAGUGGACUCUGCAAACGUGAUCAUGAAGAUUGUGCAGAAUUUGAGUCUCUUAGGAGAUUUUGAAGAAAUACAGACCCUUACCAAAAUGAAUGAAGAAGAAUUCCAGAACAAAAUACUAAAUUAUGUUAACAAGGACCUGAUUUACACCAAGAAACUUCUGGCAGGCAUCACUGUUGAACGCAAGCAGUGCCUGGAGGCCUUUCUCGAGUGUCAGCCUUUUACAAAAUGGGUGAAAAAAGACCUUACCAACCUCAGUGAAGUCAAGGUGUUCGUAGACCUGGCUUCAAUUUCUGCAGGAGAUAAUGACACAGAAACUGACCAAGUUGCAUGUUUCCAUGAUGCUGUCAUGGGCUACUCCUCCUUGCUCUAUGACCUGCCCAGAGAAUCUGACUUUAAGAAACUAAUGAGCUCUAUCGAUAAAGUGUGGAAAGCCCUUAAAAGUGAUGCAAAACUCCCAGACAAGUUGAGAGACUCUAAUCGCCUUACAGAAUGGCUGAAAACCUUACGUGAAAGUCACGGCUCUGUGGAAACAUCUUCACUGUACUUAGCAACUGCUAUAAACAGCCAAGGUGUCUAUGAAGUAGGCUGCUUAGGAAAGCAAGCAGACAAGUUGUCUUUAGACAGUGUCUUGUCACUGACAUUGGUGGAUCAUUCAGAAGGCAACCGGGUCUACAGGCUAGAAGAACUGCAAGAACUUCAGAACAAGCUCAUGCUGAUGUCCACAAAGGGAGAACGUGGAAGAGAGGAAGUGGAUAUUUUCAUGGAGGUCUUUACACAUGUACAAAGGCUUGGAACGAUGUUUAUCAAGGUUUAUACAUCUGGAAAUGUCCUUUUCAGAAAUUGGAAGGCUCAGAUUAAGUGCAAUGAGCAGCGCAGGGCCUGUUUUAUCAUUGAUUACGACAUUAAUGGAAUUGAAAAACUGCUUGCUACAGAAGACGUCCUUGACCAGCUACAGGUAUUAUGCAAAGCAAUGGAAGACUGUCAUCAACAGUGGUGUGAAUUUAUGAAUGAGACUCGGUCUACAUAUUAUCCUUUAAACUAUUAUACAGCAGAACAAAUUGUAUGUUUGUGCUCUUCUUUAGGACACCUUUCAGACAAGAGUUGUCUUCCUAAGCAAGUCAUCACACUGCUGUCUUUUGUCAAGCCUGAUUGCUGUUUUGAAGAUGUAAGGCAUGCCAUCUCAACUUGUAGUUGGAGAACAUCUUCUAGUGGUAAUGAUGCUCACGUUCCAUUUAAAGAAUAUGAUACCUUGCAAGGUAGUGGACUUCAAAUACUUCAGACAGAUAUUGAUGAAGGUACAAACAGUGACACAGAUGACAGUGAAAUGGAAUGCAGAAGUCCUUCACUUAGUUCAAAUGGCAAUGCUUUUUCUAGUGGUGAUGAAUCUUUUGAUCCAGAGCAAGAACAGGUAGAGAUAUCAAAUGAGUUAGAAAAUUACUCUUUGAGCAAAACCUUAACGCUUGGGAAAUAUGGGCUUACUGAAACAAUUACAUCUAUAUGGAGCAAAUUCAUGACCAACAUGCCAGACUUCCUGCAGAAGCACCUGGAUGUUAUCAGUCUUGGCCAUGUUCUAGUCAGUCUUUCAAAGCAAAGAAAAGCAAGGGUGACAAGGCAGUUUCACCAUUCUCUGCAUCGCGGAAGGCCAAACCUCAUUGUAUGUCCAAAAUCUGAUAUACUGGCAUUGACUCUGUCCCUGUAUAUGCAAAGCCCAGAUCAGCCUUUGCCUAGCUGUGAUGAAGUCCUUCUUUGUAAUGAGGAAACUUGCUGUGAAGAAGUGGAACUGUUUCUUAGGAGAAGCUUGUGCAGGGGUUCUUAUGAAAAUAAAUUAUUUGCAUUGUUAAAUCCAGAGUGUUUGACAUAUGAGACCAGUGUCUACCUUGGUCAGGUUUUUCAGGAUCUAGAAAGGAAUGCUGAGAAGAAAUAUCAGCUAGUAAUUAUCUGUGAUGCCAGGCAUCAGCUCUCCUAUGUUCCAUCCUAUUUCAGCAAUUAUAGAAUCCACACUGCCCUGAAACAGAGCUCUCAAGACAUCCAGCGGUAUCUUCAGAGUCACUUCACUGUCCCGGAUAUAAUGAUAAGUGCUGCCGAUGUACUUCCAGAUAGAAUGGCAGUCCGAAUUAUCUCCUCAAUGAGACCUGGAGUGGGGAAAUCGCUGUAUGUUGAAAGGCUUCAUGAAGAGCUGAAACGUCUUUACCCAAAAUACUGUGGCAAGCUGGCAAGAAUAAAGCUGGUUGAAUCAAAGAUCAGUUUGGAUCGGCUGGUGAAAACCCUUUUCUCGUGCAGUGAUUUACAGAACAAUGACAAGCCAGCUAUAGUGCUCAUAGAUGCUACACCGGUCAAAAAAGGGCUAGAAGAAUUCCUGUAUAAGAUAUUUGUCUUGGGGUGCCUAGUAAACAGCAAAGGACAGAUAUGGAAGCGCAGUUAUACUCAUUUGUAUUGUAUUGAACUCCUGGAUACAAGCAGCUUUUCUCUUGGCAAACAAACAGAUCAGUUAAGAGGACUUUUGGAUGUGCUGCCUACAAUUCACUGCAGUACGCCACGAGAAGUGAACACUUUACUACUAAAGAAAAAGAAGGGCCAGUAUUGCAAAAUUCUUAACCCAUUGAUGGAUGAAAAAACAUUUAUUAGUGAAGACUUUCAAAGACCUUAUCAUUAUUUAAAAAGAUUUAGCAAUAAAGAAGAUCUGGACACAUUUGUAUACAGAAAUACCCUACCCAAGGGAACACAUACUGAAUGCCUCUUCUACUUGCUUAAUUACUGUGGCAUUAAAGAUCCUUCUUGGUCAGAGUUAAGAAAUUUCUGUUGGUUCCUUAAUUUCCAGUUGAAGGAUUGUGAACAUUCAGCAUUUUGUAACCCUGUUAUGUUUGCUGGUACACUAGAUGGUUUUAAAACCUUCAUUGUUGAGUUUAUGAUCCUAAUGGCCCAGGAUUUUGCCACACCAUCACUUAAUACAUCAGACGAAAGUCCCUUGUUUUCUUCAUCCCUUGAGGAGGAGGAUCUGGCACCAUUUGUCAUCAGGAAGAGGUGGGAAAAUAAACCACAUCCAUACAUAUUUUUUAAUGCCGAUCAUUUAUCUAUGACUUUUCUUGGAUUUCAUUUGCAGAAACAAAAAUCUGGCUGUUUUAAUGCAGUAGAUCCCCGAACCGGUGAAGUGCUUAGAGGAGGAAUAUUGUCUUCAGACUUACAUCAUGGUCUGAGUCUUCAGAAGAUUGCAUUUAAUGAAGAUUUUGAUGAUCUUGCAAGAGAUAAGAAGAUCAGAAAACUAUCAUUAGUUCUUGGAGUUGAAGGAGAAAUAGACCCAGACCCAACCUAUGAGCUGACAGAGGAUAAUGUGAUGAAAAUGCUUGCUAUUCAGAUGAGAUUUAGAUGUGACAUUCCUGUCAUAAUUAUGGGUGAAACAGGAUGUGGAAAGACAAGACUGGUGAAGUUCCUAUGUGAUCUACAGAAGGGCAGCAAACGGACUGAAAAUAUGAAGCUAGUUAAAAUCCAUGGUGGAACAACAUCUGAAAUGAUUUAUGAAAAAAUCAGAGAAGCACAGGUGCUAGCUGUGAAAAACAAACGCAAUUAUAAUUUAGACACUGUCAUAUUUUUUGAUGAAGCCAACACCACAGAAGCAAUUUAUGCUAUCAAAGAGAUCCUUUGUGACAAAACAAUCAAAGGUGAGGAGAUGUUGCAAGAGACAGGGCUUAAAAUUAUUGCAGCCUGUAAUCCAUAUAGGAGGCAUUCAAGUGCCAUGAUAGAACACUUGGAACUGGCUGGAUUAGGUUAUCGAGUUAAAGCCAAAGAAACAGAAGACCGUCUUGGUGAUGUACCCCUCAGACAGCUAGUAUACAGAGUCCAUCCACUGCCCCCAAGCUUGAUUCCAUUAGUAUGGGACUUUGGACAGUUAAGUGACACUACAGAAAAGGCCUAUAUUACUCAGAUUGUAGUGAGAUAUGUCCAUGAAAAUGAUCUUCCUCCUGAAUGUUUUAUACUAAUUGCUAGAGUACUAGCAGCUUCCCAGCAGUUCAUGCGCAGUAGUAAAAAUGAAUGCAGUUUUGUAAGUUUGAGAGAUGUAGAGAGGUCUAUGAGGGUUUUGGUGUGGUUUUACAGUCACCGAAACAUGCUUUUCCCAUCCUCCGUAAAUCUCAUUGAUGUUACCUGUAAGUCUCUCAUACUGGCAGUGGGUGUAUGCUACUAUCCAUCACUAAUUAAUCGAGAUAAAUAUUUGAAAACAAUAUGUAAAUAUUUUCCAUCAGUUUAUAAUUCAGUAGAUGUCAUGCGUGAGGAACUCUCUUCUUGUCAGAAUACAUUUUUAAAACACAUAAAAACUCGAAAAACAAUUGCAAAAAACUUAGCUUUGAAGGAGAAUGUCUUUCUUAUGAUAGUAUGCAUUGAAAUGAAGAUUCCUCUUUUUCUUGUUGGAAAACCAGGCAGCUCCAAGUCCUUGGCCAAAACUGUUGUGGCAGAUGCCAUGCAAGGUCAGACAGCCCACAAUGAUUUUUUCAAACAGUUAAAACAAGUCCACAUGGUGUCCUUUCAGUGCAGCCCUCAUUCCACAUCUGAAGGUAUCAUAAAUACUUUCAAGCAGUGCUCUCGAUUCCAGAAAGACAAGAACCUCAGUGAAUAUGUCUCUGUAGUUGUACUGGAUGAAAUUGGUUUAGCUGAAGACUCACCACAGAUGCCACUGAAGACAUUGCACCCACUUUUGGAGGAUGGCUGCAUUGAUGAUAUACCUGUUGAGUACAAGAAGGUUGGUUUCAUAGGCAUUUCCAACUGGGCUUUGGAUCCAGCAAAGAUGAACCGAGGAAUCUUUGUUUCCCGGUGGGACCCCAGUGAAACAGAACUUAUUCAAACUGCUGAGGGUAUCUGCAAGUCAGACCAAAGUAUCCUACAGAAGGUGCAGCACAUUUUCCCAUCACUUGCCAAGGCUUAUCUAAAAAUAUGUCACAGUCAAAAUGGACAGUUCUUUGGCCUGAGAGAUUUUUACAGCUUGAUAAAAAUGAUCUUUGCCAUAACCAGCAGGGAUAACUCAGAACCUUCACAUGCAGAACUUGCAAAAGCCAUUUUACGAAACUUCAGUGGCAAAGAUGACUUUAACCCUCUUAAUUUUUUCUCCAUUCUGGCACUUCAUCCUAAUACCUGCACUUUGGACAUGGUGAAGGAAAACAUUUUCAAUGACAGUGAGUGCCGUUACCUCCUGCUCCUCACCAAAAAUUAUGCAGCUCUACAAAUUCUGCAGCAGCAAAUUAAAGACUUUCAUCCACAGAUUAUAUUUGGGUCGAGUUUCCCAAAAGACCAAGAGUAUGCUCAGAUAUGUCGAAAUGUAAAUCGUGUGAAGACCUGCAUGGAAACUGGAAAGACAGUGAUAUUACUUAACCUUCAGAACUUGUACGAAAGCCUGUAUGAUGCUCUGAACCAAUACUAUGUCUACCUAGGAGGACAGCAAUAUGUAGAUCUUGGAUUGGGAACCCACAGAGUCAAGUGCAGAGUACAUUCAAAAUUUCGUCUGAUAGUUGUAGAAGACAGAGAAGUUGUCUAUAGGCACUUUCCUGUCCCACUAAUAAAUAGACUAGAAAAGCACAACUUGGAUAUGAGUGAAGUGCUUAGUCCAAGGCUGCAAGCAGUGGUUAGCCAUCUGAAUGAAUGGGUUGAAUCAUUCAGAUCAUCUGCAAUGCAAGACCGACUGGAAUAUGCCAUCUCUGAUGUGUUUGUUGGUUUCCAUAAAGAUGCUAUAGCAAGUAUCUUACUCCAAGUAACAACUUCUUCUGAAGAAGUAAACCAGGUACCCAAUAAUGAAGUGUUGCAUCUUGCAAAGUGCGCCCUUCUAGCAUGUACAACUCCAGAUGCUGUUGUGCGCCUGCAGUCUUCAAAACUCGGAAUGGAUGAAGUAAGAAAACUGUGGGAUGAAUAUUUUGUCAACCAGCAUCAUCGUUCAUUAAUUGACUAUAUGAAAUACUAUAUGGCCAGUUCAGAGUCAUGGCAAUUGAGGUUCACGGAGGUCACCACAUUCUCCAGGCUGCUGACCCAUUAUGAUGUAACAACAAUAGUAGGUCACCUCGGCAUUGAAACGCACAACAUUCUUCUUCUGUCACUAUACCAAUUUGAUACCGAAUUCUCUUUCUGCCAGGAGAUAAGGCAGUUUCUGAAAACUAGGCAUGGCGAUAAUUGCAUUUUAAUAGUGCAGACAGAUGCAGAUGAAUCCACAAAGAGCUCGGAACUCAUUGCUUGUGCUAAGUACUGCAUGAUGAAUGAAAUUAACAAGAUGGAGUCAUCAGAACCCAAACCAUGUGUGUAUUUUAUAACAAAGCUCUCCAGAAUGUCCAAAUCAUCAAAACACACUGGCUUUCAAGGAGGGCACUGGGUUUCUGUCCACAUUGAUGAUCUCAGAUGUUCCAGUGAAUUGAAGGCAGAUAUUUCAGAGGUCUGCAGUGUUUCCAUCAGUGAAUUAUUUGCUCGUUCCUUCAGUUAUCAUACAGAUGCAGAAGUUGAAGAAAUGAAAGUAGAAAACAGCAUCAAUGUUGAGCAAAAGGAAAAUCAUCCCACUUUGGACACGGUGCUUUUGCUACAGACUUGUGUGCAGAAAGCAGUAGGUAUCCUUAAAGAUGGAGAAAGUGAAAGCAGUCGCAGUACUCAGCGUGUGCAGAUACUACUGAAUCUCCUGAGGGAAGAUGGUGAUUGGGCAGCUCAGCAGUUCACAGGCAUCUUAAGAGAGAGAAUUCUCCAGAUGUUGCAGCAGAGAGAGGAACUAAUGCCUUCUCCUCAGGAGUGGGCAUACAGGGAAGCACUGAAGGUUGAAGCACUUCAGGAAGGAGGCAGUUUUAGGAGAACAUUAUGGAAGUGUAUUCAGAAUGUGGUAGUGCAUUGUCUCGCUUUGGUUGUGUCAGUCCUAGACAGAGACCAUAAUCUGAAGUUCCUUUCCAGCAGGGAUGCUUUUAGACCUAUCCAGAAGUUUUGGUUUGCAAUUUUCAGAGAUACGCAAUUGCUGGAACUGUCAUACAGGACUCCGCCUAUGAACAAAGAAAUGCCAGAAAUUGAAGUUAAGCAUAACCUAAAGCUUGGAGAUGAGAAGAGUUUUUGUUCUGCCCCGUUCAGUUGGCUUUUGAAGCAGUACAUCGAUGGUUUGUGGGAUGAAGCUCAGUUUUUGGAAGCUGAAAAUGACAAAGAUAGAGCAAGGAGGUUUGCUGAAUGUUUUGCCAAUAGUGGACUGGGACAGCAGUGGAGGAAACUGGAUCAGAAAACAUCUGAACUCUACAGCUUGGAAUACCUACGGGAUUUCCUUCUUAUGGCCAUGAAGGUGUCUUCUUCUUCCCAUUUACAGCUUUUUGAGAUGGCAUUGCUUUCCUGUGUUGGGGAACUCCAGAUUGACUGUGGGAUCGCAUCAUCAUCUUUGUCACCAGGAUGGAUCCAUGCAGCCUACAGUCUGUUCAAAGGCCGGUUAGACACUCUCUGGAAGAUAAUCAGUGUGCAACCAGAAGUCCUGACAGCACUGCAGAGACACCUGCAGUCUCUUGACACUGUGUGUCAUACAGAAAUGUAUUUUGAUGUAUGGGCUGCCCUUGCAUGUACUGAGGUGGUUGGAAGUGGCAUAAUUCAAUCUGUUGAUGACUGUAAAUCAUGGCUAAAAAGAACUGAAGAGCUGCAGCCUGUGAUGGAGACCAUAUGCACAACACAUUAUACACAGGCAUGCAAACUGCACUGCCAGGACCUAAUCUCAAAAGUUAGCUCUCUGUGGAAUGGUUUUGAAGUGCUAUGUAUUUUCAUAGAGCGUGUUGUCCUGAGUGCUGACCGCAUUGAUGCUCGACUCCAGCAGCUUGGUGUUCAGUAUUGUUCUCAAAUGCAGAAGCUUCUAAUGGAGUCCUCAAACAUGAAGAACAAGAAUACCUUAGAAGGUUUAAUGAAACUGUUGGAGUCUUGUCUUGAUGAGGCAAGUCACCUGGAGAGUAGGUAUGGAAUAAGGACAUGUUGUGUGUGCUUCGGUGCUCUCCAGGACCCAGUCUGCCUCCGUUGUGAUCACAUCUUCUGUGCCAAAUGUCUGGAGAAAUGCAUGGAAAGUGCUAGUAGAAGGUGCCCACAAUGUAAAAGUAACAUUCCACCCAACUUUAUUCUCACAGUUUCUGAUCAUUUGAAGGGUGCGCUGAAAAAGUUUAGUGAGUUCCGACAUCUGUGCAAUGCCUUUUUCAUGGAAGUGGUGUCCAGAUUUUGUUUCAAGGAAGAUGCCCCUCCAUCAGAUGAGGUAGUGGAGCUGCUCUUUUCAAUCCUAAUUGUGAUGAGCAACUUACCAGCAGGUAAGCAGUACAGAACAAGGAAUCUGACCCCGUUCGCAGAGUGCAUGGACACCAAUCCUGUUAUCCGCUCUGUGCUAUUGAAACUGUUAAUGCACUACAGGUUCAAUGAUGUCAAGUGUUUCUUUGAUCAGUACCUUUUCAGCCUGCAAGAAAAAAUUUGGGAGCAAGAUGAGCUGAAGGACCUUUAUUUGCUGUUUAUCAACUGCUUUGAGGAUUCCUGGAAAACUAAGUUUGAGGAGGCGGGAGGUCUAAAAAAUAUGAAAUUCCUUGUGAGCAACUACAGCUUCCUGGGAAGAGUCACCCGGCACCAGUUAGACACUGUUGAGAAGAAUAUGACAGAGUUCCUGGAAACUAUUGGACGGCUAAAAUUAUGCUUGAAUAUUGCAGCUCAGAUUCUGCAUGAGAUCGUGGAAGGUGCAGAUAACCCAGACAAAGAAGCUGAAGACAGUGGGACCAAAGGCAAGUUACAAUACCUGGAACAAGUUAAGGGUCUCUGUGCUUACUCUGAUGGCUGGCACCAAGUGUACUUGUCCAGGGCUGUAGCCAACUGCUAUGGGAUGCCAUUCAUCGACAGCCUAUUAAAGAAGCCAGACUAUCAUUGGAUCUUUCCAGAGAAAGUCAUAAUUUUACAGCGGAAACUUCCAUCCCAGUUGAAUCGUUAUGUUUCCUGUGAUCCUCAGUAUAAAAGGGUAUGCAAUGCUGUUUGCCAGGCUGUGGCUGGAGUCCAUAGCGAUGUCAUUGCUGCUGCUAUUAAGGAAGUUAAUGCUCCCCUCAGUACCCAGCAAGUCUAUCUAGCAAUGGCAUUUUUCCAUGAAGUCACAUGUUUGUAUGCUAUACAGGAAGAAGGCUUGCACCCUGGAAAUAAGGAGGUUGAAGAGUUACUGAGUUUUGUUGAGACCCAAGGAUUCUUGCAUUCUCCUGGGUUGCAGGAUUUCUGCAGGUGUCUGGUUACCAAUACACUAGGAGAGCCCACAUCUCUUUUCCACAUCACCCCAGAAAAGCCAGCUUCACAUCGUAUCCUGACUGAAAUCCUGGUUCACAUGCAUGCUGUGCUGCUGUGCAGUAACAGCAUUUUGCAGUCUCCAUUACGUAACAUAGCACUGCGGCCAGCAACAAUGAGGAAUGCUUAUCUACCAACAAUGUUGGAAGAUCUGUUGAGUGAAGCCCGGGGAUGGAUAAGAGAGAAAGGACAGUGGUACCACUGCGUCAAUGGACAUUCCAGUUUUGUUGGAGAGUGUGGAAAACCUGUAAUGCUGUCUCGCUGCAUAGAAUGUGGAGCACCAGUAGGAGGCGAAAGCCACAAAGCUGUUCAGGGCUACAGUGUAGCGUCAAGCUCUGACAGUACCCAGACUGGUCAUAUCUUGGGUGACCCAGCCAAGCGGGAUCCUGAUGUUGUUCCUCAUAGGAAGAUGUCUGCAGUUGCCCUUUCAGUGCUCCGAUUGUUCACACAUGUUUCCAUGUUACUCGGAACUCUUCAGAGUACCCAGAGCAUUUCAGAAAUGAUUAAGCCAGCAGUGAGUAACCCAAGGCAUUUCUUAUGGAGACAUCUUGAAACUGAUCUUAGGUUGUUGGGGAAAGUCCUGGGGAAGAAUAUUGAUGAUACCGCAAUGUGUGUUCAUCUGAUAAUUGACAAGCUGCUGACUAAGAAUCCAGAAAGGAAACAAAAUCAGUGGGAUGAAUACUUAUCAUCAAAACAAACCAGACAUAUGUGGGAAAAACAAUUUAUGGAUAGUAUUAUUACCCCUGUGCUGAAGCAUUUAGAUAAAACAUUAAUGCAGCUCCAUCAGGAAAUCAGUAGUGAUAAAAGUGGAGGCACCCCACUGCAGAAAAUGUUAAAUGGUGAUCCGUCAACUUUGCUCUGUCUUCCUAAAACAAAAGUGACUGACUGCUCAGAGGUGUGGACAUGCCGGCAGAGGGUGACCGUGGAAUAUUUCACUCUCAUAGUGGAGCAGGAGGAUGGCAGGCAUUUUACACCAGUCCUGUGGCAGUUUCUUCAGCAGAUUUCCUUCCUGAAACAUGUGAACCAUCUACCAUCUGUUAUUUGCCUGCAGAGAGACCUGCUGAGACACUGUCAAGAUAUCUCUGAUCUGGGGACAAAGACCAUUUCACAGUUUAUAAUGCAGCUGCCAUCAGGAUACCAUAGAAGUAUAAUUGAGAAGCGCAUUCAUCUCUUCCUUAUGCUGUGGAAAAACCUGAAGACUUUUCUGGUUAAAGGGAGUGAAGGAAUCCUCCCAGAAGAAUUAAUCCAAGAGGAUUUUGGUCUCAAUACCCCUGCUGACAUCCUUUUGGUUCAGCAUCACGGCCAUGGUCGCUGUGCAGCUGAGCUAAUAAAAUUCUUGUCUGAAUGCCAUAAUGAAUUAGUACGUUGUGUCAGAAAACAUGGCCAGGACUUAACAGACUUAACUGUCAAGCUGGAGGAUAUGACAGAUGCACACUUAAUCCAGGUGGACCCCACCAAAGACAUCCUUCCAGUGGUGCUAACUAACUGCCAGUAUAGUCUGGAGAAGGGACAGGAAGCUGUGGUGGAGUACAAUCUUCAGAACAUUGAAAGACAGGUCAUCCGUAGAUUCCUCAAAGGAAAACCUCUGAUUGACUUGGAUAUCUCCAAAUAUGUCAGCAGGUAUAAUAGAGACCUCUCCCAAAUAUUUGCAGAACUGAAGGCAAAGGUGCCACAGGAAACCCUGCCCAAUACAGUCAGCACAGCAGUCACAGCAGUUCUGAAGGACUUCAGCGAUGUGUGCGAUGCCCUCACAGCCACAGAAAUUUCCAUCAGAUUCUUGUCAAAAGCAGGAGGAGAACAGGAUGCACUUCUCUUGGAUUAUAUGAAAGAUGUUUUGCAGAUGGGACAGCAGGUCAUGUUUGGAAUCGAUAAAGCAUUAAGUGGCUGCAGAGUUAAGCACACUUUGUCCCUUUGGCAGCUGCUGAGUGCAUGGAAAUCAGAGCGGAUGCUUCAGACUAAGAGGGAGCCAUUUGAGAAAAUCCCUGAUAAUUACAAACAGCAUUUGAGCACAGAUGACAAGGAAAACCUGAAAAUGUUCUUUGGUUGCACUGAUGUCAGUGCAUUUAUUCUAGAGCUGCAUGAAAUUCUAGUGCUAAAGACUGGACACUUUCAUCUAGAAAACAAUUUCACAUCCUCUUGGAGUUUAAAGGAAACUCUGAGUGCCUACUUGGAGGAAAAGCGGAGCACCCCUUUGCCUGGGCUGGAUGACCACUUAAGUGAUGACAUCACAUUAGAGAAAGGUGUUGAAGCCUGGAAACUUGCACUAAAAUUUAAAAAGUGAUUCUUAAUGUCCAUGUUCUUUGUACAUGUCUAUUUUGAAAAAUGAUUUGCACUAAAACUCUUCUGAAGAUUUGCACUGACCUGCCAGAAAACUGCUUUUCAUGCUGCCUGUGGUUUUCAUGUUGGUUAGGUCCCAAUUGUGUAUUUAUGAUUUAGCAAAUAUUUAGAAGGACGGGAGAAAAAACUGUGCCUUGAGUUCUGUAUUUAUAAAAAGGCAGUCAUUUGUUUUGUAAACGCAGCAGUAGGAGAUGUUUGUUUAUUAAAAGCCAGUGAUAGAAUGAUACUGGAAUACUUUGCCAUUCUGCAUUUGGCAUAAAUGGUAUAAGAAUAAGGACAGGCAUUACUGAUGAUGAUGCCAUAAUAGUAAGAGUAGGUUCCUGCCCUAAAGAUAAUCCUUACCAAAUUAUAGGGAGAAUUAUGAUUACAAUGGGAAACAGUGUCUUUAUUCUAGGUAAGCUCCCACAUCCUGCAGAGCUGAUUAGGUAUUACCCGGAUCAUCCUCAUUCAAAAAGCCAGGAGAAGGGUGACCAGAUACUCCCACCUGAAUGCUAGGAAUAUUCUGCACCUUUACUUGGCAGGCGUUGUACCUGGUAAAUGCUUAUACCAUGGCUAGUAGCAAAGACAGCUUGAAAUGAGUACUCAGCAUGUCAUGCUGAGUGCUAUGAGUACAGCAUGGGGUUCCAUUAGCAUUUAUAUGAUUAGGAAAUAAGUGGUGCUGGAGGCUAUGACUCAUGACACUGAAAUCAUUGAGCACUUCAAAUGAAUUAUGGAUGUCAGUCAGGAUACGUUAGUUUGGAUCUGAAAUGUUGUGAUGAGACUGCUUGGUAUAAUUACUCUGAGAAGUUUGUCACAGGGAAUCCCUAGAAACAUUCCUUCCUGGGAUCAAGGAUCAUUUACACAUAUCUUUUAACAAGAAAUUGUCGAAACUAUCAGGAAAAAUUAGGUUAUUCCAUUCUAAUUGAUGGAAUGCACAGAAUUUCUGAAGAAGAAAUUUGUGGCUGAAUUGCUGAAGUUGAUGAAUGUUACUUGCCUAGUGUAUAAAGGCACAUCACACCAGUAAUACCUGAAGCAAUGAAAGAUAUGUCCAUGCUCAGAAAAGAGACCAAGUGAAAGCACAUUGAAUGUUCAGCAAGUGAUUCAGUGAAAAAUAAUCCAUCACUGUAUUGUCUGGUCAUACAAAAAGCCCUGUAGGAACAUAAACUACCCUGGAUACAAUGAGACAGUACCAUCUUAGGCAAUAAGAUUGUAUCAGACACUGCACUGCACUUAGAACACAUUCCAGAGGCUCUCUAUAGUCUGCCUGAAUUAAACACACACAAACACACGUGCACACUGCAGACAAGCUACUGAUUAUUCUGACCUUGUAUUUGUGUAAGAAAAUGAGCUGUUAAAAGUUUAUACAGAAACAAGUCGUUUUAUUACCCUUAGAUUCACAACGUUCAAUUUUUAAGCUGAAAAGAAAAAUCUUUUUUUGUCUAAGAAAUUAAUACGUUGUAUUAUUCCCUCAACUACUACUGAUUUUUUAAGUCCUUGAAGCAGUAAUUCACUUAUUUUGCAAGAGAGAGGAAAUAGUGGUAUCAGUAAUAUGGUGAUUAUUAUAUAUGGAAUCUCUGGACACCUCAGAAGGCACUAUUCCAGCUCAUUUGUUCACCCUACCAAAAUAUUUCAUAGUUUUAUUUUAAUAUUGUCAUGUGGAGGGCUGUUGUGAGUAUCAGAGAAUGACUCAGCCUUUCUGUAGGAAGGCAGAAGUAAGGAGAAUACAUACAGCACCUGACUGGCCCUCGUAUAAAGAAUUGGGUACAGAAGGCAUCUAGAAGUUAGGCCAGAAAAGCCAUCUAUGUCAGUUGUCAGUGUACACACUAUUAUGAUGGGAUGCAUGACACAGUCUUUGAGGUUAAUUAAAAAUAGUCCCCCAAAGACUGAGAAGACUAUGACCAUACUAAGAAGUACAGCUACCUAUUAUUCACUCACAUGUAUUCUGCUGAUAUGACCACUGAAACACAGGCAAGGUUCCAGGAGAAAACAGAUGUCAACAAAGAGGACUUCAAGGAACUAAUUAAAAAAAUAAGAAGCUAAAAUAUCAAAAAUAGUUAUGACAGAAAAUGUGAGUUAAUGAAUAGAAGAACCUGGAAGCUGAUUAUCUCCUAGUAAGUCAAUUCUAGAUCCACAAGACUUUAAGCUUAGAUUCCUCACAUACAAAUAAUUGUCGAUAUUUCUUUCAUUCCUUCUUUACUAGAUGAGAGUGAAUUCACUCUAAGAAGAUGUUGCUGCUUUUUUGGUUGACCUUUAAACCUUUUCCACAGAACAACUCCUGUAGUGCUAAAUGUGCUGUGUGGAAAACAUUGAUCUUAUUAUGCUGUGUGAUUCAAUUUGUGUCAGAUAAUUACCUUAUAUAUCUACAUUUCUUGUACCUUUAUGGGUUUCCCCUGUAAAGAGAACUUGAUUUUUUUCACUGGAAUAAUGUAGUUAGCAAUCUGUAAAUAAACAGAUAAGUAAAAAGAAAAUUAAUUUUAUUUUUACUGAUGGGAUGAUAGAAUGUGGCUGCAUUUCUUCACAUAAUUUGUUCUUCUGAGCAUUUUCAAUAAAAUACAUAAACAUAAAAAAA